GUGAUAAUACUGUUUUUCUAGAGUCAUAUUUAUAUAUAUAAAAAAAAUGAACUUCCAUCAUUCUUAUUUUUACAUCAAUAAAUUUUUACUCUCAAUCAUUGGUUUAUGGCCUUAUCAAUCAAAAACUGAAAAAAUCAUUGGUCAAAUUUUUGUACUCAUUGUUUGGGCUGGACAUAUUCCUUCUACGGCAAGACGUUUUGUUGUUAUUUGGGGUAAUGAAGAUGAAAUGAUAGAGUCUUUUGUUAUUUACUUUACCGCGACACUUGGAAUGGUCAAGCUUUGGAAUAGUCUACAUAAAAAUAAUAAGAUGAAACAACUUUUAGAAAAAAUCAAUGCCGAUUGGAAUAUUUGGUCAAAUGAACCGGAAUUUGAAAUUUUGGAAAAAUUUGCUGAAGAGGGGAGAAAAUUUUCUUUAAUUUAUGCGAUUGCGUUAUAUUGCUCAGUAUUAUCCUAUACUUCAUUCACACUUUCGCCACAAUUACUCGACACUUUUAUGCCAUUGCCAAAUGGAACAAGGGAAAAAAAAUACCUACUACCCGAAGAUUUUGGCACUAACUCGGAAAACUAUUUCUACCUCAUUUUUCUUGCUGACAUGAUAAGUAUUUUUGUAAACUUUACAAUAACAGCCAGCGUAGAUUCCAUGUAUGUAGUUUAUGUUCAACAUGCUUGUGGAAUUUUUUCAGCCAUUGGGCAACGAUUGGAAAAUAUAAAAUUUGACUGUAAUGCUAACGAUAAAAAAUAUUCACGUGACAAUAUUUCACGAGAAAUUUUCUUCUGUGUUCAACAACACAAAAGCGUUCUGAAAUAUACGGAGGACUUGGAAGAUACAUACACUGUGUACUUCUUUUUUUUAAUAUUAAUAAAUAUGAUUAUUUUAAUCGUCAACGGAGUUCAGAUUGUAAUAAAAUUUGGCGAUUUUGAUGAUGUUUUCAAAUUUGGAAAUUAUGCAAUACUCUUAAUUGGCCAUCUAUUGUUUAACAGUAUUCCAGGACAGAAAUUACUCGAUCACAGUGUGACAGUAUCGCAAGCAGCAUAUAAUGCUUGUUGGUAUGAUGCAACACAAUCUGUAAAAAGAUCAUUAAUCUUCAUCAUAAUGCGAAGUUCCAAACCUUGUAAAAUCACUGCAGGAAAAUAUUAUAUACUUUCAAUGGCUAAUUUUAGUAUGGUAAGAUAAAAAUUCCAAAAUUAAUU